AUGACAGGUGCCAUGAAAGUCUCAAUCAUGCUCCUCCUAGUAACUGUGUCCGACUGUGCGGUGAUCACUGGGGCCUGUGAGUGGGAUCUCCAAUGUGGAGCACGCACCUGCUGUGCCAUCAGCCUGUGGCUGCGGGGGCUGCGGAUAUGUACCCCACUGGGACAGGAAGGAGAAACGUGCCACCCCAGCAGCCACAAGGUCCCCUUCUUCCGGAAACGCCAGCACCACACCUGUCCCUGCUCACCCAACCUGCUGUGCUCCAGGUUCCUGGAUGGAAGAUACCGCUGCUCCACAGACUUGAAGAACAUCAAUUUUUAGGAGCUUGUCCAGGCUCAGACACCCACCAGGCUUCCUCCCAAGUCCAGCCUGGGGUCACCUCUUCUGGAUUGUUAUUUCUACCGUGCAGCCUGCUCUCCGCAAUCCCUCAGUCCUAUACUGCCCAUCUGGAUCUUUCCCGUCUGGUAUACCAGAGGGCACAUGGACCAGCGACCUUCACUAUGGCACAGUUGGGUCAGCCUGUGGUUGCUGGCCCUGAGAGGUGGCCAGCCAACUUCUCUCCCCUGUUCAACCUUCCUGAGAGGCUGUGAGCUGUGGAGAAGACAUUGUCCUCCUCCCUGACAUUCCCCAGCACAGGCCCCUGGGCGCAUUGCCCUUGGCCCUCCGCCCUAUCAUGUGAGGUCUGGAAGGGCCAACCUGAGCAUGGUUCCUUCUCUUCUGGUGGAGUAACUCCUGAUUUUUAGACCACAGGCCCAAGGCCAGCUCUUCCCAGAAGGCACAAGGUAGUCACCUGGAGUAGGGUGUGGGACGCCAGGUUAGUCAGGCAAGCCAACUUCCUCAUAACUCUAGUCUUGUGACCUUGGGCCUGCAAAGUCCCUAAAGGCCUUCCUAACACUUCACCAGUUACCAGAGAGCUCCAGCCCCCAGAGCUUCACCAUUACAAUGAAAAUGGUGGGGCCUGAUCUCAUUUGAUGUGGACAAUUUAGAAGGGGAUUAGGGAGUUUCCUUACACAGCCCUUUUCCAAGGAUCAGUCCCUGUGAGCAAAUCUGCAACCGUGAGGCAGGUCCUCCCCUGCCUCGUUAUGGAGGAGCAGGGCCCUCUGGCUUCCAAUAAAAGAAGGAACCAAA